AUGGAGGUGCAAGGUGGCAGAUGGCGCCCACGAAUCGCAGCGCACGGACCUUUGCCUGGGCAUCCGAGGACAGCUGAGCGCGCGAACCUCUGGUGGCGUCCAGCAGCUUCUCCGCUGUUCCUUGUGCCCUGCCUUCGGAGGCCGGCUCGGCUUCGAAGGUCGUCUUCCCGCGCAACUCCCAGCGGUGCUCCAAGCAAUUUCAUGGCCGCGUGGCACACUCAGCGACUGGAGGCUCUGGGGGCCCGGCUCGACUGGUCUCGCUGCUUCGUCUCGGUGCUCUUCGUGGACGCCCAGGCGCCGUCCUACGCCCGGGCGCGCCUGGCGCAGCGCAUCUCGGACGGCGCGGCGGCGUGGAACGGGCUCAGCCGCACCUUGGAGUUCUACGCCUGCGCGCACGUGGCUGAGGAGACGACCGAAGCCUUGGGCCCCGUGGGUUGCGUGGCAGAGUUCGCCGAGAACGUGGGCAUCGAGGAGGAGGAGCUGCGGCAGAUCUUCCGGAAGCUGGGCUCCGGCGUGCGCGUGAGCCUGGGCGACGAGGCGCUGCGCGAGCACGACCUCAUCAUCGCCCUGGAUGAGGAGGCGGCAGAUGCUGUCAAUCGGGAGCUGGUGAAGCAAGGACUUCCAGCGGGAACGGCGCUGCUCCUCAGCGACUUCGAGUGGUGCUUGCUGGCGGACGACGCCGCGCGUGUGGCGGUUUGCCCCGACGGGUCCUUGCAGCCCUUCAUCGCGCCGGAGGCCCUGGAGGCCCUGGACCGCCACGCCUUCGAGUUCGGGAGGAGGGACGAUACGGAUCUGGACCUUCCUCCAUGGCCGAGACGUCCCAUGGGCUUGGGCAGCGAGGACAGUCUUCCUGCAGAGUGGCGCAGCCUGCAUUGCGCGCUUUUGCGCGGCGCGUGGGGCGUGGUUUGGUUCCUCUUUCGGAGCUGGAAGGACGGGGCGACCGUUUGGGAAGGACUCUUCUCGGGGGACUGCGGCUUGAAAGGUGUCGCAGAGCUUUGGGCGCUGCUGCAUUAUCUCCUGCCGGACUUGUUCACCGAGAUGCUGGACUUCAAGGCCUGGUUCGCCAAGCCCUUCAGAGGCACCGAGGAGAACGAGUACGACGUGCAGUUGAAUCCUCAGCAGGAGCAGGAGGUCAUAACCCAAUGCCACGCUCUUCUGGCACCUUUCCUGCUGCAACGCUUGAAGAGCGAGGUCCUGGGGGACAGUCUGCCGCCUCGCGUGGAGGUCACGGUGAGGGUGCCUUUGAGCGCGUGUCAGAGUGAAGCGUAUGCUGACCUCAAGAAGAAAACCAUCAGGUGGAUGGAAGACGACCAGAUUUGCAGCGAACAGGUGAACAAUGCGCUCAUGCAGCUUCGCAAGAUCGCGCUGCACCCGUACCUCUUUCAAGAUGAUUAUCCCCGCGACCGCAACCUCUUCCGGGUCUCCGGCAAGGUCGAAGCUCUUGACCGCAUUCUGGCCAAGCUUCUGCGUUUCAAGCACAAGGUUCUGAUCUUCUCUCAGUUCACCAGCUUCCUGAACAUCCUGGAGGAUUACUUGCGUUGGAAAGAGCUGGCCUUCGUCCGCCUAGAUGGUCAGGUCUCCUUCCACGAGCGCCGGGAGCGCUUGAAGCGUUUCGAGCAUCCCGACGUGCCGAUCUUCCUUUUGUCCUCCAGAGCCGGCGGUUUGGGCCUGAACUUGCAGCAGGCCGACACCGUGAUUCUUUGCGAUUUGGACUGGAACCCGCAGAACGACAAGCAGGCCAUUGCGCGGGUGCAUCGCGUUGGCCAGACGCGGGAAGUGCGUGUGGUUCGGUUGCUCGCCGACUGCGCGGUCGAGCACCACAUGGAGAGCCGCUGUGCUGAGAAGCUCGAGAUGGAGAAAAAGAUCAUGGGUGCCGGCAUGUUCCGCAAAGCCAGCAGCGAGCAGCGCCGCAGCGCUCUGCGGGAAGUGCUGGGCCUGGAGCCGCAGGCGGGGGAAGAGCAUGGCCUCACGAGCCCAGAGGAAUUGAGCAAUCAGCUGGCCCGAAGUGAAGAGGAGAGCAGAAGGCCUUCAGGAGCAUGGACGCUGCUCUUGGGGUGCAGGGUGCUGAUGGAUUAAUUCGGUGCAAUCGCUUGAUGAGGGAGGAUGAGGUGCCGCAAGGGCCCGGAGCUCAGCUCGGGUGAAUUGGCAUCGAACACCCGGAGGUUUGGACCGGCAGUGAGUUGGAAUUUCCCAAGUGGAACCUGCCCCCGUUGGCCCGCUUUUGGCAAGGCCAAAGGCUUGGGUAUCUUGAUUUGGCCCAGGUUUGCUAGCAGGAGCAUCUGAACUCGCCAGAGGAAGGAUGUCACUUUGGUCUCAGCGGAACCUGCCGGUGGAAGAACC